AUGCAGGGAUAUCACGAAGAUAAUGCCUCCCACGUUGCACGUGUUGUAAAGGACUUUAUGAGGCAGCAUAACAUUGAUGUACUGCCAUGGCCGACUGUUUCGUUAGACCCUUCCCGCAUACAACUUGUCUUGGUGAAAUGGAAUGGUGAUGUAAACGACACUCGACACCCGACACGAGACACUCGCCCACAAGACACCCGACACACGACACACGACACAAGACACAAGACACAAGACCCUCGACAUACGACACAAGACACCCGACACAAGACACAAUACACUCGACACUCGACACAAGACACUCGACACAAGACACAAGACACACGACACUCGACACACGACACAAGACACAAGACACCUGACGCAAGACACACGACACACGACACGAGACACUCGCCACAAGACACAAGACACUCAACACAAGACUCUCGACACACGACACAAGACACAAGACACAAGACACCUGACACACGACACAAGACGCAAGACACUCGACACAAGACACUCGACGCAAGUCACAAGACACUCGACACAAGAUACAAGACACCCGACACAAGACACUCGACACAAGACACACGACACAAGACACUCGACACAAGACACAAGACACACGACACUCGACACACGACACAAGACACAAGACACCCGACGCAAGACACACGACACACGACACGAGACACUCGCCACAAGACACAAGACACUCGACACAAGACUCUCGACACACGACACAAGACACAAGACACAAGACACCCGACACCCGACACACGACACAAGACACAAGACACAAGACACCCGACGCAAGACACACGACACACGACACGAGACACUCGCCACAAGACACAAGACACUCGACACAAGACUCUCGACACACGACACAAGACACAAGACACAAGACACCCGACACACGACACAAGACGCAAGACACUCGACACAAGACACUCGACGCAAGACACAAGACACUCGACACAAGAUACAAGACACCCGACACAAGACACUCGACACAAGACACACGACACAAGGCACACUAAUCUCUACACAAGAUACACGACACAAAAUACAAGACACACUUAUCUCAACACAAGACACUCGACAUACGACACGGGACACUCGCUACAAGACAUCGGACACACGACACACGACAUAAGACACAAGGCACUCGACACAAGACCCUCGACACACGACACAAGGCACAAAACACAAGACAACCCGACACGCGACACAAGACACUCGACACAAGACACUCGACACAAGACACCCGAUACAAGACACUCGACACAAGACACCCGACACAAGACGCUCGACAAAAGACACUCGACAAACGACACAGGACACUCGACACACGACACCCGACACACGACACAAGAAUCUCGAUACAAGACACCCGACACCCGACACAGGGCACUCGACACACGACACAAGACACCCGACAAAAGACACUCGACGCUCGACACAAGACACACGGCACAAGAAUCUCGAUACAAGACACCCGACACCCGACACCCGACACAAAACACUCAACACAAGACACUCGGCACAAGACACUCGACACAAGACACUCGACACAAGACACUCGACACAGCUUUCAACACAUACACUCGACAUGAAACACUCGACACACGACACAAGGCACUCGGCGCAAGACAAUCGACACACGACACAAGACACACGACACAAGACACUCGACACACGUAA